UUUGAAUUUAUUUUCAAAGAGGGAGCAAGUGCGUUCUAUAUUGUAAGUUAAGCCUAAUGUGUUUGAAUAAUCUGUACCUCCUACCUAUAGCGUUUGUGGUGCUACUGCCAGUAACCUUCUUAAUCACGUACGCCAUAGCUGUAAGCGAUGACGAUGUGGCACCAUUCUUUCCUUUCAUCAGUGAUACUGGAACACUUCCACCAGAGAGCUGUAUAUUUGGACAACUGCUGAAUAUUGCUGCUGUUCUAAUUCUAGUCGUCAUUUACCUGCGAUAUAAACAAAUAGCUGCUUACAUUUCCAUCACCCGUUCGGCGACACCUUCUUCAAGAGCCAACAUUGGUUUCUUCAUACUCGGUCUUUUGUCUGGCUUUGGUUUGAGUAUCGUAGGGAAUUUCCAGGUCGAAAACUCAAAAGGGAUUCACAUAUUUGGGGCAGUGCUUGCAUUCAUUGUUGGAGGUGCCUAUUUCUUUACUCAGACGUAUAUUUCUUGGAUUUUUCGAGAUAUCCCCGGAUCAUCAAGCACCAAACGUGUUACACGGCUCGUUAUCUGUAUAUUGUAUGCCUCUUUUGUCAUCAUAGGAAUUGUUACUUUUGUCCUGAGUAAAAGUAAAUUAGGAAAAGAGAAAAUCUCUACCCGGCUAUGGACAUCAGACUACAAGGGUUAUCCAGAACACGUUGUCUCUUCAGUAGUAGAGUGGUUGGGAAGUUUUCUUAUUUGUGUUUUUGUUGCAACAUUUAUUCCUGAAUUCAAACACCUGAGACUGGAAACAAAAUGGCAACUAGAACUUGCCACUGGUGAGUUACAGCCGGUUGUAUAAAGAAAACACCAGUAAACCACAAGAAGAAUACAGAGGUCCUUCCCUCCAGAGAUCCAUCUUCGAACACAACAAAUCAUAUCCACAUGGCAUAUCACUAAACGUCCUACAGGUCCGUCUCCAUAGGAUGUUAACUACAUGAACUACUGUGUACAAGUAAUGUUACUACUGUGUACAAGUACUGUUCAGUGAGAUACCGGUAGUUAUAUUUCAACUACAUUUUCGCUAGAGUAAUAUUCUGUAUCGCUCAAUAUGAUGUUUAGUACCUGUGUGAUGUUUUCAGUGGUACAACUAUUUCAAGCAUAACCUAUGUCACGAAACUGCAUGCUUUAAGAUGAACAUUCAUUGGCGGUAACAGGCCUUUGUGUCUCAAAUAGGCUUAGGUACUGCUAUAUGUGUUACUGAAACAUUACUGAUCGAAGUUUUUACAUUUGACUUCAUGGAAUGGGAAGACUACUGAGAGGAAUUAUAAUAAUACUGGUCUACAUGCAAAACGUACAUGUAUGUAUGUUGUUGUUUUAUAAAUUUUGUACAAGUU